AGUACUCUGAGAGCACUGGAGCAUCUCCCUUGAGUAAUAAAUAACAAGGAAGGAAGAAGAAGCAUCUCCCUAGAGUAAUAAAUAACAAGAAGGAAGGAAGAAGAAGCAAGGGAUCUUCUUCUACUUUCUUUCUUCUAUAUAUUCUGCCUGGCCUGCUCGCUUCCCUGAAAUUGGAAAAAAGCCCCCUUCCGAAAUAUUUCGGGGCAGUGCGGGCAGGUCGGGCAGGUCGAUGGGAUUCGUUGAAGGUGGAGGGACAUCAAGGGGAUUUCGGGGUUUGAUGAGGAGAAAACAAGUAGAUAAUUCUCUUCAGUUGAGGCAGCAACAGCAACAGCAACAGCAGCAGCAGCAAUUAGCAAAGGAAUUAUCUGUUCUUCAGCUCAUUGCUAUUGGUGUUGGAUCAACUAUUGGAGCUGGAGUUUAUGUUCUUGUUGGAACAGUUGCUCGAGAGCAUUCGGGACCAUCUCUAACCAUUUCCUUCUUAAUUGCGGGAGUAGCAGCUGCUCUUUCAGCAUUUUGCUAUGCAGAGCUUGCAAGUCGUUGCCCAUCUGCAGGGAGUGCCUAUCACUACUCAUACAUAUGUGUUGGAGAAGGUAUCGCUUGGCUGAUCGGUUGGGCCCUUAUACUGGAAUAUACAAUUGGUGGCGCAGCUGUUGCACGUGGCAUUUCUCCAAAUCUGGCCCUUUUUUUCGGAGGUCAAGGUAGUUUGCCUGCUUUUUUAGCCCGUGCACACAUUCCUUGGCUUGAUAUUGUGGUUGACCCUUGUGCCGCAUUUCUUGUUCUCAUCGUCACUGUCCUCUUAUGUGUGGGAAUCAAGGAGAGUUCACUUGCACAAGCCAUUGUCACAUCUGCAAAUGUUUGUGUCAUGGUUUUCGUCAUCAUUGCUGGUGGAUACCUUGGUUUUAAGACUGGAUGGGCUGGAUAUGCUCUUCCUACUGGAUACUUCCCAUUUGGAGUAAAUGGUAUGCUUGCUGGGUCUGCAACUGUUUUCUUUGCAUACAUAGGCUUUGAUACGGUUGCCAGCACAGCCGAGGAGGUGAAGAAUCCUCAGCGUGAUUUGCCACUGGGCAUAGGAAUUGCGUUGUCCACAUGUUGCUUAUUGUAUAUGCUGGUAUCCAUUGUUAUCGUUGGCCUGGUACCAUACGAUGCACUGGAUCCUGACACUCCAAUUUCAUCUGCAAUUGCCAGCCAUGGGAUGAAAUGGGCUGCGUAUGUAAUCACAGCUGGAGCAGUGCUGGCACUUUGCUCAACCUUGAUGGGUUCUAUGCUUCCUCAGCCUAGGAUACUGAUGGCAAUGGCUAGAGAUGGAUUGCUACCACCAUUUUUCUCAGAUGUUAAUAAAAGCACCCAGGUUCCUGUCAAGGGCACAAUAGUUACUGGCUUCUGUGCUGCAAUCCUCGCAUUUUGUAUGGAUGUUUCUCAAUUGGCAGGAAUGGUCAGUGUAGGCACUCUUCUUGCCUUCACCAUCGUUGCAGUUUCUAUUUUGAUUCUCAGAUAUGUCCCACCAGAUGAGGUGCCUCUGCCAUCAUCACUUCAGGAAUCGAUCGAUUCUGUGACGUUGCGAUAUAGCACCCAGGAAGAUGAUGGUGAAGACUCAAAAGAUCUUGAUAGCAACUGUAAAGCUAGUAAUCAACAAUUGCAUGAUUCAGAAGUAUCAGCAGGUUGUCCCCUUAUUAUGAAAGAAAGUAAUCAAGACAAGACAAAGGAGCAGAAAAGGCGAAAAAUAGCAGCUUUGAACAUAUCAUUUGUCUGUAUCGGAGUCAUCCUCCUCACUUCUGCAGCUUCAGCUGAGUAUUUGCCUAGCAUCCUUCGAUUCUUGGUAUGUAUACUUGGAGGCUUGCUUCUUUUGUGCGGUCUUAUCAUACUCUCUUGGAUUGACCAAGAUGUUGGUCGGCACAGCUUUGGACACACAGGAGGUUUUGUUUGCCCCUUUGUUCCUCUCCUGCCAAUUUCUUGCAUUCUAAUAAAUGUAUACUUGCUAAUAAAUCUUGGCACUGGCACAUGGAUCCGGGUCUCCAUAUGGCUGUUAAUUGGCAUAUUUGUUUAUUUAUUCUAUGGCCGGACACACAGCUCACUGACCGAUAUGGUUUACGUGCCCACUGCCCAUGCCAAUGAGAUUUGUUGCUCUUCUGAAUAUAUCGCAUAGAAGGAUAGACCCUCCACAAGGAGGAUUUCAGACCUCAAAUAGUCUCUUGUUGUAUGAUUGUAUAAUGCAUUUGUUGAUUGAAUAGUUUGCUGGUCUUAUAUUAAAAAGGACAUUGUAUCAGCAGAUUGUUUUUGUACAGUCAUAUACAAUGGGUGUGUAAUACUUUUUCAGUAACUCUGUAAGAUGAUGUAAA